UGUAUCCAUAUGUUAUAAGUUAGAUCAUAAACAUAAUAUGCUUUCAUUUCGUAGGAUGGCUACAAAUAUAUUCAUCUUGAAAGCAAUUUUUCUUGCCUUUUACUUUUACAUAUGUUCAAAAUCUCUGCCUACAGCAUAACAUAUACAUGUGUAAAUUUAACGGCGGUGGUGUUUGGGCAUGUUUUUAUGUUUGUAAAAUUUUGUUUGUUUGUAACGCUUUUUGCACUAUAUAUAUUAUAUAUAUAAGGGCAAUAUAAUAAUGGUUUAUGUAAACGUAAAAGAUUUCGUAACAGCAGCAAAUAUUCGUUCAGAUGUAAUAAAUGAAUGCAUAAAAGCCAAGUAAUGUCAAGUUUAAAUAUUUCGGUAAACAUCUACUUAACAAUAGGUUUAAAGAAGAAUUUUAUACAUAUAUAUGAUAUCUGCAUGGAAGUGCUAUGUAAAUGAAAAGCGAGACAUAAUCUGCGGGUGUUCGAUCAAUGAUAAAAAUUCUGUUCUAUUAUUACUUAUGUGGGACAUAGAAUGAACAUAGAAUUGAUUAAAUGAAUCGUAAUAAUAAAUAAAAACAAAAAAAAAAAAAAAAGAAGAAAAACAUAUUAAAGCCAAAGUGACAUAGAAUAAUUACGUGCGCCUAGGGAUAGAUAUCUCAAACUAAUCUGUUGGCUGUUUUUAUGCUAUGACGACUCUCUCUCUCUGUAUUUAUUCUAUAAAAAUGCAAUUUUAAUUAUAUCGUACGCGAAAUUGCUGCUUUGUUUGUCGCAUGUGUGAAACUAAACAAAAAUAAAAUCACAAAUAACUUUUUAUUCAAAUAAAAAAAAAAAGAAAAAAGCGAUAUAAACUUGAUCUAAAAUCUAAAUAAAUUCAAAAUGUUAGUGCAAAUAAGAGAUGAGAAUACGUAGGUAAAUCCAUAUGCCUAAGCGGAUAAUUCCAAUUUAUGUUUUAUAUAUGCGUGUGUGUAUGUGUGUGUGUGUAUGUGUUUGUGUCUCUGUGUUCUCUAUGUAUGUGCAUACGAGCGUAAGCUAUUAAAAUAUCAAUAAAUUAUUCUCAAGUGCUUGCGCAUUAGCUUUUAACUUAAUUAUUGGCGCCGUAUGAAAUACGAAAAAUAAUCGAAAAUGUUUCUCAUCAUGCCUGGAUAAUUGAUUAGAAGCAAAACUCUUAAUCCAAGACAACUAAAUCUAUAUUCAUAAUUAAUAAAAAUAUCAGAAUAUUACCAUCAUCAACAUGCAUCUAAAUGCUCGCAUUCAGUUUCAAGGAAUUUUACAUAACCUCUUUCGUACGUCACUACUGAUUGUAUUCAGUUUGAUGAGCUUCGACAGUGGAUAUUCAUCUUAUGUUCGCUUAGAUGCCAAGAAAAAUGAAGAGAUGAGUUGGAACGUAAAGAAAGACAUGAUAAUGAUACCUGACGAACGUUUUACGGCAAAUUUUCCCAGUUCAAUGGCAUUAGUGUCUACAUUGCCCAGAGGUCAUCAUCGAAUAUCGACAUAUACAACCAGUCUUCCAGUAUCGUUGCAACAAGAGCAACUACAUCACCUCCCUCAGUCUGAAUACGAACAACCGUUUCAACCAAACAGUGCAAGCAGCAUAACAAGCUUUGAUUCUUCAACGAUGGAUGAUAGCAAACAAUCAAAACAAAUUAUUGAAACUCAAAGAUCAAACAAUCGUAUAUUGACUAGAAGUACACAUAUUGUAGCCCAUAAAGUGAUAGGAAUAGGAUUGCCAAGUGUUCAAGAAAGGAUUGAUGUGAAUUCAUCGGCCGAAGAUUCUAAUGAUAUCAUUUUUAAUGAACCCAUGCAUUUUGGUACCGAAAAUUCAACAGUGGUAACAACACAAAUUGGUGCCGCUGCCCAUAUACCAUGCACAGUACAUCAUAUUGGAGACGGUGUGGUUUCUUGGAUAAGGAAAAAGGACUAUCAUCUGUUAACGGUGGGAUUAACGACCUACAGCAGUGAUGAACGAUUUAGUGCCACACAUCUCAAGCAUUCAGAGUGUGCGUUACAGGAUUGGACGCUGCAAAUAAAAUAUGUGCAAUCACGUGAUGCUGGUAUUUAUGAAUGUCAAGUAUCAACUCAUCCACCAACAUCGAUUUUCCUACACUUGAAUGUUGUCGAAGCUCGUGCGGAAAUUUCAGGACCAUCGAUACGCUACCUCACACCGGGAUCGACAUUAAGAUUAUUAUGUCGAGUUGUUCAGAACACGGAAAUAUCUGAAUAUAUUUUUUGGUAUCACGAUAAUCGCAUGAUUAAUUAUGAUAUCGAUCGUGGUAUAAAUGUUUCAACAGAGCCAGAUUUUCAAUCUUCAGAGUUAAUGAUUUCGAGAACGCGAAGGGAGCAUUCAGGAAAUUAUACUUGCGUAGCGAGCAAUACGCAACCGGCUAGUGUUUUGGUGCACAUCUUUAAAGGUGAUAAUCCGGCAGCAAUGUAUCAUGGUCACGUUGGAUCCUCAACAAAGUCUUGUCAAAAUGUUGUGACGUUUUUCGUUAUCAUCGGUUUUAGAAUAUUUCAUAUGAAAAUUGUAUAAUUGCUGUAUAAUUUAAGUGAAACCGCAACUAAAGCGUUAUUACUAUUACAAAAGAGAAUAAGUAAAUAGUGUUUUUUUUUUUUUUUUUUUG